GGAAGUGGAAGUGGAGGUUGAUGGCGAUGCGAUCAUUAAGCAUGGAUAAGUGUCGGACCUCGGCACGGCUUUGCUCAUCUGAAUAGAGGGAGCCGUGAUUGGUUGCAUUUGGGAAUAUAUAAACACUGCUCAGAAAUCUGAAAAUCAUAGUUCACUAUUAGAAUAUAUAUCGAUUUAUUCCAUUGAUAGUUGGAUUUGGCGCUGCGCCUUGGUAGCUCGCUCUGGGUGUGAUGUUGGUGAAAGCAAUGCAAUGAGAUUCAGAUCAGCUGACUAAGCUCAACUUCCAUGGGAAAGCUUCUCGAGCCUCGUGCGUGAGAUAUGGACAGUGGAAAUGUCAAAACACUCCAAAGAGAAGAAAAUGAACGGCAAAUAGAGUAAUAUAUUGCUUACCCAGAAUCUAAAAGGUUUGAUGAGUAGGUUGGGAUUCCAUUUCAUGAUCGUGGGAUCAGCCUCUUUCUCAUUCUUCUCAGCCUUGUCCCUCCUUCAACAACAAUCAUGGCAGCAGUAACUAAUGCAGAUAUUUCUGUUGUGCCCACAACUAUCCAUGUUAUCAAUCGAGUAGAAGAAUGUAGUGGGAAAUCUAAGCCCGUACAGCCCUCGAAAGAUCAGAUCACUAUCAUUCAAUACACAGACACAUUCGCAGAGCUGAUAGGAUCCUCGCCCACCCAUUCCCUCCUACUAUCGACAUCCACAACCUCCAAGAACCCUUUCUUCCACGAAGCCUGCGUCUUCGUUCCUACUCACGAUGAGCUCUACAUCACCUCCAAUCUCCUCCAAUCCACCUCUUCCUCCAACUUCCCAACUAUCCUGAUAUCCCGAGUGAAGCUACUCCGAACCGACCGCCUCAGUGGAGACAACAAUGUGCACACCGUGGAAUGGGCCAAAAUGCGGCCACCGCCUGGCAUCGACAUGCCCAAUGGAGGGGUAAACUACAAAGACGGCAUACUCUUCUGUGCGCAAGGAACUUCUCAAGCGGGAACAGGCGGAAUAUACUUCAUGCCUCGAGGAAAGCCACCACAAGCUUGCGUGACGAAUUUCCAUGGACGGGACUUCAAUUCAGUCAAUGAUGUGGUCGUUGCGAAAGAUGGCUCAAUCUGGUUUACGGAUCCUUGCUAUGGCUUUGAACAAGACUUUAGACAGAGGCCGAAAUUGCCUUGCCAGGUCUAUAGAUUUGAUCCUGAUUCUGGGGAUCUGAGGGUCGUGGCUGAUGGGUUGGGAAGACCGAAUGGGAUUGCGUUUAGUCCGGAUGAGAAGACAGUAUACAUCACGGAUACGGACCAUAUUCAUGGGGAUGGAAGCAAGGAUCCUUUGAGAGCAUCCACUAUCUACGCAUUCGAUGUAAUCCCUGGUCCAUUCCUAGCCAAAAAGAGAGUGUUUGCAUUCGCAGCAGUUGUUUUCCCAGAUGGCAUCAAGUGUGAUGUUUACGGUAAUGUAUAUUCAGGCUGUGGAGAUGGAGUCGAGGUGUGGAAUCCUGUUGGGACUUUGAUCGGGCGGAUUCUUGUUCCUGGAGGAGUUGCGAACUUCUGUUUUGGUAAGGAUGGAGAGAUGUUCCUCUGUGCUGAGCAGAAUCUUUGGAGGUUGCAAUUGGCGAGAGAGACAAAGGGUGCAUUGCUGGGCAUUUGACAGUCGGUCAUGAUAAAUAAUAUAUACCUUUCCAUCAUGACUCUAGAUUAAUGAAGAGGGAAGUGAAAUGACACUCGGU